AUGGUGGCCACUCUGAAAUUUCGUGGAAGCAACUGCCUCCGGCAGAGGAUAAUUCUCUCAUUAUUAACAGGAAAAUCGUUGAUAAUUGAAGAUAUCAGACCCGAUGAGGAUGGAAUGAACGAUUAUGAAAUCAACCUAUUGGAGCUGGUUCAGAAGAUCACCAAUGGGACAAGAAUCCAGAUUAGAGGUACGCGACUUCAAUUCAAUCCAGGAUCUCUUAUUGGAGGAGAGUUCACCCACAACUGUCACGUGCAAAGAUCCAUCUCAUACUAUUUAGAGCUCCUCCUAUCGGUGGCAGCAUUUUGCAAGAAACCCCUACAAGCAACCCUUAAUGGGGUCACAAACGAUCAGAUCGACCCAAAUGUGGAUGCUCUCAAAGCCUCUGCUCUGCCUCUGAUCAAACGAUUCAUAGGAGAUGUUGAGGGAACUAAGUUAGAUAUCAAAGUGAAUGCACGUGGUUUCAAGCCAGAGGGUGGAGGACAGAUUCUAUUCUCGUGUCCAAUCGUGCGCCAAUUACAGCCUGUUCGCUUAGAGGAUGAUGGAAAAGUUAAGCGAGUCAGAGGAGUUGCAGUGGCGGCAAGAGUUUCGCCGCAGACAGCGAAUCGCAUGAUCGAGACAUCAAAGGGACUCUUGCUUCAAUUUCUACCCGAUGUUUACAUCUACUCAGACCAUAAUAAGGGAAAACAGAGCGGACUUUCGCCUGGAUUCUCCAUCACUCUAGUGGCUGAAACGACAGAGGGUUGUACCUAUACGAGUAGUGCGGUUUCGAACGCCAAAGGCUCUGGAGAUGGGCCAUCUGUUCCCGAGGAUGUUGCCAAAGAGGCUACGUACAUGCUAUAUGAGGAGAUCCAACGUGGUGGUUGUGUAGAUUCUACAUGCCAAAGUUUAGUUUUAACAUUGAUGGCCUUCAAUCAGAAAGACGUUUCAAAAGUCAAACUUGGAGAACUAACCACAUACACAAUACACUUCCUGAGACACCUGAAAGAAUUCUGUGGGCUUACAUUCCAAUUGGACUCGAGCGCUCAUCCAUAUGUUAUUGCAACCUGUCAGGGCAUUGGGUUUAAAAAUUUGAGUCGACCCACUAGAUGA